UUUUUAUGAUUUGUUUGUUCUUAAACUUAUCUUUUCUUCUUUUCCCUUCCUUGCUUUCUCCCUCUUCUACCCUGUCCUAUCCUCACCCUUUCCCCCUGUGGCUAACCCUUGCUCCACCCCCUUUUGCCUCCUCUUCUUACUUUCCCUAGUCAUUCCCUGGCGGCGGAUGUCUCGUCGCCUGCCUCUGAGACUGGAGGCCAGUUGGAGUCGGGAGGUGGGUCCUCAGCAGCAGUGGUGAUGCGGGCUUCAGUGGCAGGCUGCAGGAUGAGCGUUGGCGCGCUCCUUAACGGGCUGCUGGUCUCUGUAGUCGCAGCUCUGCUUUGGAAGUAUUCCAAGCUGAGUGAGCAUGCUGCCCUGCUGGAGGAAGAGCUGCACAUGACACGACAGUCCCAGGAGCUCUCACAAGCCCGCAUCGACUACCAUGUUGCUCUGCAGGCUCUUCAGGAACACGGCACACGCAUGGUCUGCACCGGCAAGAUGCACACCGACCGCAUCUGCCGCUUUGACUACCUCUGCUACUGUUCGGAGGCAGAGGAGUUUGUGUUCUUCCACUCCAAUUCCUCUGUUAUGUUGCCUAACCUGGGGUCUCGGCGUUUCCAACCUGCCCUGCUGGACUUGUCCUCGGUAGAGGAUCACAACACUCAGUACUUCAACUUCUUAGAGCUCCCAGCUGCUACUUUAAAGUUUAUGCCCAAGCCUGUGUUUGUACCAGAUGUGACUCUGAUCCUAAACCGGUUUAAUCCAGACAACCUAAUGCAUGUGUUCCACGAUGACCUGCUCCCAGCCUUCUAUACUAUGAAACAGUAUUCAGACUUAGAUGAUGAAGCUCGUUUGGUUUUUAUGGAGGGCUGGGGUGAAGGUCCACACUUUGACCUCUACCGACUUCUCAGCAGCAAACAGCCACUACUCAAAGAACAACUUAGGAACUUUGGCAAGCUCAUGUGUUUUACGAAAUCUUACGUUGGCUUGUCCAAGAUGACCACCUGGUACCAGUACGGUUUUGUCCAGCCACAGGGGCCCAAAGCCAACAUGUUGGUCUCAGGAAAUGAAAUCCGGCAGUUUGCCAGGGCUCUGAUGGAGAAAAUGAACAUCACGAGGGUGGAGGAGGUGGAGAAGGAUGGAGGGAGUGCCGAAGAUGAGAAGGAGAAAGAGAAGAAGGAUGAAUACAUUGUCGUGUUUAGUCGUUCGACAACAAGGCUGAUACUGAAUGAAGCAGAGCUAAUCAUGGCGCUGGCCCAGGAGUUCCAGAUGAGAGUGGUCACAGUAUCUAUGGAGGAGCAGUCUUUCCCCAGUAUCGUCCAGGUGAUAAGCGGUGCCACCAUGUUAGUCAGCAUGCAUGGAGCUCAGCUUAUCACCUCACUCUUCCUCCCCAGGGGAGCUGCUGUGGUAGAACUAUUCCCCUUUGCUGUGAACCCAGAGCAGUACACCCCAUAUAAAACCCUUGCCUCCCUUCCAGGCAUGGACCUUCACUAUGUCUCCUGGAGGAACACUAAGGAGGAGAACACCAUCAGCCAUCCAGACAGACCCUGGGAACAAGGGGGCAUCGCUCACUUGGAGAAGGAGGAACAAGAGCGAAUACUGGCGAGCAAAGAUGUCCCCAGGCACCUGUGCUGCCGCAACCCAGAGUGGCUCUUCCGGAUCUACCAGGACACUUUGGUGGACAUCCCUUCUUUCCUUGAGGUCCUCAAAGAGGGCAUUAAGACAAAGCCCAGCUUGAAGAAAUCAAAGCCAGCCAGCACAGUCCACCCGGGCCGGGUCAGAGAACCCCACUGUCACACCUCAGUACAAACCACUAAUGAGGCUAAACUCACAGUCUCCUGGCAGAUCCCGUGGAAUCUGAAAUACCUGAAGGUGAGAGAGGUGAAGUACGAGGUGUGGAUCCAGGAGCAGGGAGAGAACACCUACAUGCCUUAUAUCCUUCCCCAGCAGAACUACACUUUCUCAGAGAACAUUAAGCCCUUCACCACCUACCUGGUGUGGGUUAGGUGUAUCUUCAACAAGAACCUCCUGGGCCCCUUUGCAGAUGUUCUUAUGUGCCGGACUUAGUACACACACCUUGCCAGUCUGUUGCUGUGCAGUUCUACACAAAAGUUGAGUUGUGCUUGUUCCAGACAAUCAAAUUGGAAAAGUGGACUGUUUGAUCAGAGUCAGAAACGUGAUAAGGCAUAUCUCUACAGUCCUAGAACAGGCUGUUGAACUCACGGAGCACAGAGAAUGUGGAACAGACUUCUGGAUGAACUGCAAAGGACUUGAAAUACAGGGUUUGAACUCAAUGGUAACAGGCGUAAAUGAAUGGAAAGUAUAUUGAAUGAAAGAAAGAAAGUGCUAAACCAUGACUGAAAAUACCAGAAUUUAAAUCAGCAGAUUUAUUUAUGUGCAAAAUAAUAUAUAACAUGUUUUUUAGUAGUAGUCGAAACACUGGUUCUUUACCUUUUACAGUAUGCAAUAUAGCUUUUCUGUGGAGAGCAAGAGAGAUUUUAGAAUAGCAAGAUUUUUUUAUGUUUUCUGACUUGUCCAAUGUCUACUGUGUGUGUGAUACCUGUGUGGCUUAGUUUACCUUCCAACUGUUUGAAUGCAUAUACUGUUAUUUGCAGAACCUUGCCAAAACCAAAGCAAACAUAAUUUCAGCCAGUCAUCAUUCAUGCCAUAUUACUUUUUCAUGUUAUAGAUCUCUCAUAAUGUUUGCUAUGAGCUAUACAGUUUUAAACCCUGUCUUUAAUGACAUUGCGAAGGAUUUGUGCAAAAGAAGUGUCAAGCAAGAGUUUUCAUGAAUGCCACAGUAAUCAAUGUUUUUGGCCCCAAAGCAACUGUAUGUAUAAUUUUAGAAUACUUUAUGGAGCAUUUUGUGACGAAAGACAGCACUCUCUUCAAAUGUUUUCCUUUACAUGAUAUAAAUAUAACGACACACAAGUGUUUGCCUCUCUGUGGUCCCCAGCCACAGAUAAUUUACAUCCGUUUUACUGCAUAAAUAAAUGAUAUUUCUCUAAUUGUCACUAAUAACAACUGUAAUAAUUAUAAUUUUCUGUGGACAGUGUUACGCCAGGCUAUGAUUAGUGUAAAGCGGUUUCCUUCCUGUAAGCAGCAGUAUGCUGCUGGACAGUCAGAUUUUACUGCCUUGUCUAAAAGCAUUUUCAUUAAGAUAACAAGCAGCGUAGGAUUCCACUGCCUUGUGUUAAACUCUUAAUUACAACUAAAUUCCCUGCUAUGUGUCUUUUUCCUCUCCUCAGAGGUUUUCCAGCUGGUAAAAAGAAGUCUAAUGUUGGAGUUUAUAUCCAAAGCUGGAUUUUGAAGUUGUUUUUUUUUGUGUCUUUUGCUAAUGAAGUGCUGCUUGUUAGCAGCUAGACUGCAAAAAAUGUGUUUAUUUUUUAGACUCUUGAGCUGGAGGUGUUAGUAUGUGGUAGUAGACAUGUAGCAAGAGAUGGCUUAUGGAAUGGCACAAGUUAAACUAAACACUGCCACCAACAUAUUGUGUUAUAUUGUGCCAUUGUUAAGAUGAUGUUGUUUUGAACUUUAUAUCUAGGACCAGUCCUCUAAACAUUACAUUACCCUCUUUGUAAUGUUUUGCCCUCUGGAUGCAAUGAAGCUCUUUUUCCUUUAACUGAGAUCUUACAUUGAUUUUUUGCCAUGUAUCAGUUUUUCCCUUCACUGAUGUUUCCCCCCGUUCUCAGAUGCAGUUCUGUUUGAUGCACGUUUAAGAGAUUAUUUGAAGCCAUUGUCGUGUGUGCAGGAUGUGAUGGUUUAGAUGUGUUUGUAUUGUUGGUUAGAUUUCUGUGUGCCCCUGCCCCCCCUCAGUGGAGACAUCAUACUGUAUGUGCCGAGUGAAAUGAGAGUGUACCCGUCUCUGUUUUCUACAUUAGCAAAUAGUUGGAGUUUCUUUUUCAGUAACUGUGAUUGAAUAAAGAAGCUUAUUUCUUACAGUA